GGUCGGAGCGGCUUGCUGGGAGCCAGUGUGGGGUUAGGAGCGGGCGGUGGCGACGACAGCCUGGGGCUCUGGUCACUGACUUGGGGACUCUAGUCCGAGUCUCCGUCCGCUAGGAUUUGGAGACCGCCAGCAGCUCGGUUGCGCUCCCGUCGGUCCCCUUUCUCAGCUUAUCUGGGGGUCGCCUCGGCAGCUCCCCGCUAGCGGCCGCGCCCCUCUGCCGCCUCCGCCCCGGGCCGGAGGAGCUGCGCUCCCCUCCCCCUCGGCCGCGGGGCCGCCGCCCCCGGAGGGCGGUCUGGGGCUACUCCGAUGGCCCCCGGCUCCUAGCCGGGGAAGGAGGGGGCUGGGCGCCUUUGGGAUCCGGACUCAGCGCAGCGGCGGCGGCGGCGGCGGAUGCAGACGACCGUGGGGGGGCCGUGAAGGGGCGGCCGCCGCCUCCCGCCCCCGCCCCCGCCCCCGUCGUCCUCACUUCGCUCAGUCGGUCCUCUCCGCGGCCGGCAGGGCCAUGUCCGGGGUAGUGAGGACCCUCAGCCGCUGCCUACUGCCUGCCGAGGCCAGCGGGCGGGAGCGCCGGGGCGGCGGCGGGAGCAGCAGCGGCAGCCGGGACUCGGAGCGGGAGGCCCGGCGGCGGAGCCGGGAGAUUGACGCGCUGCUGGCCCGAGAGCGGCGGGCGGUGCGUCGCCUGGUGAAGAUCUUGCUGCUGGGGGCCGGCGAAAGCGGCAAGUCAACCUUCCUGAAGCAGAUGCGCAUCAUCCACGGCCGAGAGUUCGACCAGAAGGCGCUGCUUGAAUUCCGGGACACUAUCUUCGAGAACAUCCUUAAGGGCUCAAGGGUUCUAGUUGAUGCUCGAGACAAGCUCGGUAUUCCUUGGCAAUAUUCAGAGAAUGAGAAGCAUGGGAUGUUCUUAAUGGCCUUUGAAAAUAAAGCUGGAAUGCCUGUUGAACCUGCCACUUUUCAACUAUAUGUACCUGCUCUGAGUGCUCUUUGGAGGGAUUCUGGCAUCAAGGAAGCCUAUAGCCGGAGGAGUGAAUUUCAGUUGGGUGAAUCUGUGAAGUAUUUCCUGGAUAACUUGGACCGGAUUGGCCAGCUGAAUUAUUUUCCUAGUAAGCAAGAUAUUCUGCUGGCCAGAAAAGCCACGAAAGGAAUUGUGGAACAUGACUUCAUUAUUAAAAAAAUACCUUUCAAGAUGGUUGAUGUGGGUGGGCAACGAUCUCAGCGUCAGAAGUGGUUCCAGUGUUUUGAUGGAAUCACCUCAAUUCUAUUCAUGGUUUCCUCCAGUGAAUACGACCAGGUCCUCAUGGAGGACAGGCGCACCAACCGGCUAGUAGAGUCAAUGAACAUCUUUGAGACCAUCGUCAAUAACAAGCUCUUUUUCAAUGUUUCUAUCAUUCUGUUCCUCAAUAAAAUGGACCUCCUCGUGGAGAAGGUGAAGACUGUCAGCAUUAAGAAGCACUUCUCAGACUUUAAGGGUAACCCUCAUAGGCUGGAGGAUGUUCAGAGCUACUUAGUUCAGUGUUUUGACAGAAAAAGGCGGAACCGAAGUAAGCCACUCUUCCACCAUUUCACCACUGCCAUAGACACUGAAAACAUCCGCUUUGUGUUUCAUGCUGUGAAGGACACGAUCCUGCAAGAAAAUCUGAAGGAUAUUAUGUUGCAGUGAAGAAGAAAGUCCCCUUUUCUUUUGUCAUCCUUAAAUGGACUCAAGGGCUAUUGGUCAGAUGAUGUGUAUGUUUGUGUGCGUGUGUAAGCAUAUGUGUGCUUGUGUGUGUAUGUAAGUAUAUGUGUGCUUGUAUGUGUAUAUGUUAUCUAUAGGGCCCUUAUAUGUUUCUAAGAUCCAUGCCAUUAUUUAGCCAGCUCAGGAAUGCUGUAAAACUAGCCAACUCAAACAGAUGAGCUCUAGGCAAAAGGACUUGGAAACUUUGAUGUUAGCUACUGAAUUAUGGGGACGAGUAAAACUACUGAAAAACCAAGUGGUUGCUUUGGUAUAAAAGCCUGGUUUAGCAUACUGAGGAACACAGCCUUCUUUUUUGGAGAAACAUUAAAUUUACUUUUUUUUUUUUUUUUUUGACACUUUUAAAGAAGCUAAUCUGAAAGAAGACUUUUUUUUUUACAACAACAAACUCCGUAGCCUUAUGGAUUGUAUUAUCUCUAGUUUUCAGGUACUCAGUGAACAACUAACCUGAAAAUUUUGCUCAGUUGUAGUUGUACUAAAAAAUAAAUUUCAGCUGAUAAUGUUAGCUCAAAGCACAUGAACCUAAACUGACACUUUGCAGCCAGAUUCCACACACUGCAUUUGUUUAGGAAUCUAAUGCCACUUCUCUUGACAAAUAUAUAGUUGCCUUUUAAGACUCAUGUACCAAUUUUCCAAAAGAUAUGAACCUAGGAGUUGCAAAUUAAGCCAAGUUGCCAUAUAUAAGAACUCAUUUCUCUGGGCUUAUAAAACAAGAUUUUUUUUUUAAAUAAAAAAUCUUGGGCCCUAGUUGAUAUGAACUGGGUUUAAUUUUUGAGCUACAAAAAUAUGUGCAGUUUUUCUUGCCUCAUAAACAAUUGAAUUACCAGUAAUGCAACACAUAAUAGAUUUGUGGUGCCAAAGCACAUUUUGACAGGGAAUGUUUAGCUACCUAUAUUCACACAGUGUGGGUGCUUUUUAGCUUCUUUCUACUUUCCUUGAGGUUUUUGCCUUCUACUUGAUAACACUUGGAGAAAUUUCCUUCUAGAAACAACAGCUCAACCUCCUUCCUAUAGAAGCUCCUAUCUUAAGCAAAGCUUUUAUAAUACAGCAACUGUUUGAUAAGUUCCUAACAGCUGACCUUACAGGAAGCCCCAAAAUUCCCUGGAGAAAUCCUAGUUUCACAGCUGCACUUAUGCCUUUGGACACUAGGGCCUGUUUCAGCCACUCCUUUAAACCUAGCUCUUGUAAAGGAGUUCUGUUCUAUAUUAGUACAUUAUGUGACAAGCAAAUAAAUAGUGUCAGAUUUAGCUAUCUAGCUCAAACUGCAGAAUGCUGUAAAUGUGGUGUAAACUGGUUAAACUUGUCUAGUUACCUGCUAGGUGCCUUUCACUGUUUUUGAAACAUAUAUAUAUUUCAAACUUGAUUCACUCACUACUAUGCAUUACUUUUCUUAAAAGGUCUAUCUCUGGUGCAUUGUUAGUUUUCCAAAAUCAAAAAAUUUGCUGUUCAACAGGCACCAGUAGUUUCUAUAUACAUAUACAUAUGUGUAUAUGUGUGUCUGGUAUAGGUUAAGGGAUCUCAUAUAAACUGAGUGAACAAGAUCCCGGAUUUUUGUGUCCCAUUUGAAACUCCAUCCUGGUUUAUUCAACAUCCCAGAUGAAUUUCAAUUUUUUUGGCCAGUUAGCUUGUGAUAGAUAUUGAUUCAAAAAAAUCCUACUGUGUUUUUAAUUAACUCCAAGUCGUAAUGCUUUGAAUUAGGACAAAAUAUGAAAUUCUCUUCCUUUGUGGUAUGCAAGAGUUUGUGUCAGAAUUUGCUGGGUUGGUUUUUCACUUUGAUGCAUAAAAAAAAGGUUUAUUAUGGUGGCUCCUUUAAAUCUGGUGGGUCUUCAUAGACUAAGGAUCAGUCUUGUUAAUUUUUUUAAUGUUCCUAACGCUGUCCUAUAAGAUGGAAUGUAAGAUCACGUUUCUAUUACUUAAUAAUAUAUGAUUGCAAAAUAA